CUUCCACCCGCAGAUCACCCGCCGCACGCUGUGGCACCUGGUGCGCCACCGCCUCCCCGACAGCCUGCGCACCCUGCGGAUGCGGGGCGUGCCUCGCUCCGGCCGCAAGCAGCGGCUCCUCUCCCCGCCGCUGCUGGCUGCCCUUCGGAAGCGCUGUCCCCAGCUCCAUCGGCUGUGCCUGACCGAGACCGACCUCCGCCACGUCCCGUACGAGAGCAUGCCCGUUUCUGUCACCACGCUGGAGCUGAGCCUCUGCGACAUCCCCGAUGCCUGGUUCUGCGUCUCCCCUUCGCUGCCACCACCACAGGUACAACACCUCGCUAUCCACAGCAUUCCCACCUUUUCUGACCAUCAUCUUCUUGACGUUUCCUCACAGAACCACUUGAAGACACUGAGCCUUUGUGGCACCUACCGCAUCACUGAUAAGGGGAUCCAAGCAGCAGCUCCCCACCUGGAAGAGCUUGAACGCCUGAUUCUACGGCACUGCAUCAUUGGUGAUGCUGCCAUGGUAUUCAUCGGACGCCACAUGAAGCAGCUCCGCUACCUGGAAAUCAGCAAUGCCUACUUUCUGACAAACAAGGGGCUGGUUGCUAUUGUGACACUGGAGUACCUGGAGACCCUGUGCCUUGACCUCUAUGAUUUGGUCUCCCUUGGUACUGUUAUUGCUUUGUUGCAAGUGUUGCCUCGCCUGAACCACCUCAAAUUAGGUGGAACUUGCUUUGAAGAUGAGCUCCUUGGUAAAAUUCAGGAGAAUUUUCCACAUUGCACCAUAUCUCACACUCUGUGACAGCCUGGAGUGCUAUUCUUCCUUAGUACACCUGAAGUGCUCCUUUUUUCCUCUUUUUAUAAAGCCUGUUUUCAUGUACGUAGCUUUGGGACAGAAUUCCCAUUGGCCUUAAAAUAUUACAUUUUUUCACAUAAAUAUGUUAAAGAGCAUGUCAUGUAAAUAAGUUUGUUAACAAGCAUUUGGUAGGAUUCCCCUCUCCUUGUUUUCCAUGGAUCAGAGGAAUAGGAAAGCCGGGAAGCAUACCUAGACUUUGGGAACCCCACUGACCAAAAGCUGGCUGGGGUGAUGACAAGUUUAAGCUCUGUCUUCUCCUCUUUCUUCACUGCCAAGGAUCAGGCAGCAGCUUAGUGAGUGCAAAAUUCAAGGAGUGAAGUGAGGCACCCUUCUGUCAUGGAGAAAAACAGAGCUGGCAGCCAAAACUUCAGCAUUACCAAUUCCUUCUCCUUUGCUUCAAAUUCAGAUCUUCAAGUCACUUGUCAGACUGGUCAUGAGGAUUCCUGAACACCAGGUCCCAAGAGCUAGACAUCCCGUUUGCCCCCAGGCAACCUCUGGGUUUUGCUGGAUAGCCUCGUUCGUGACAAGAGCAUCCCACAGGAAACAGAGCAGGACAUCUAAUGCCUCAGUUGAGUCUUUUCUGCCUCUUCUCAUCCCAAACACCCCCUGCUCUCCAUUCAGCUGCAGAACAAUCAAUAAACCUUUGGGUUUCAGAUGGUCCUGGAUGGCAGUGAAAUUUUCCUGUGGUGAAAUCCCCAUUGCUGUCAGGUGGCCGUUGUGCCCUUGACUCUUUUUUGUUCCUAAAUGCAGUCUCAGGGUAGCUUCAGGGCAAAUAUCCAAAGGUAAAAUGUUCCAGCUCUGCUUUGAAAAGCAUCCCAAGGCUGCUGACUGAGUAGCUACUGCUCCAUGUUUAUCCCAGACAAGGAGAUGAAUACUGAUGGAAUCAGCCUUAUUAAAACCUCCAGCAUUCCCUGUUCCAGCACUCUCUGGGAUGGGGAGGGACAGUACAACAGGAAAAGGGAAAAUCAAAACCAGUAAAAAUCCAUCAGUCAGUCAAGGCACAGUGAGAUGUGGCAAGAACCUCAAUGUUCUCCUGAUCUUUACAGCAGGUUCUUUGCAAUCCUGAUGGCACAAAAACGGAAUUUAAUAUCCCCACAGUCACAACAUGCCAGUUUUCCAUUAACUAACUGCUGAACAGGGAACAGCAAUUAUAAGUGAUAUGGUGCAAAGCAGAAUGUUUUAGGUUUGGAAGCAGGAGAAGAGUUGUAAAUAUUGGAUGCCUAUGGGCAAAUUAGGGGAAUAAACAACUGGAAAGUCUUUAAUAAGCAAUUUUGUUCUGCUCACCCUCCUCACAUACCUGCUUGAAGCUCUUUGGAGGGCUGCUCUUGACCUUUAUUUAUUCUGAUUUCCAAAUUCAAGGGGUUUCUGUUCAGUUCAUCUCCAUUUCAUCUUUUGCUGUUUUGAGUGUUUCUUCCCCCAGCCCCACCUUCUCAGUGUCCAUAUACACAUAAUUACA